AUGCCUCACAGCGACGAUUUUGGGCUGGAAGAUGAUGACACCUUGUUCCUGGAGGCUGCAACCCAGAUCGAAGCCUCUCAGCAUGGAGGCUUUGAUCCUUCCCCAAGACCCACCAAGAGGCGGCGAGUGAGACGAAGAGCGAGCGGACCGCCACAGCUGGAUGGUGAUGGCUCCGGUGAUAAUGAUGGCGACGAGGAAGAGGGGUGGUCGGAUGAAGCCGAUAGUCCUGCAAAAGACUCGCAAUACUUCCAGCAAUCCACCGCGAUUCCAACCCAGGGAACCAAUCUGGGAAGUGAUUACGAAGGCUACUAUCUACCUGGUGAACUUGGCCUGGAUGAAAAUGUGGCGAAGAAUUCGAGAUUCAAGAUUCAUGUCCCGGCUGAGGGUGGGCAGUUUCCGAACAUUCUGGUUACUCAAACACAGCAUGGCUUAGACGAUAACCCGGCGGCAUUCAGAGGACCCAUCUGGAAGAAGCCUCCCGUGCCGCCGCCUCCUGCUUUCAAUCAAUUUCCGGGCCGGAAUGUUAACAACACCCCUAUGGAAGAUAUGGCCGGCGUUGGUAAAUUCUUUCAGUCACGUUUGGGGCAACCAAUUGAGGAUGACGAUGCUGCCUUCGCUGCGCGUUUACAGGCCGAGGAGGACAGGAUCGUUCAAAGGCGAAGAGCUGCUCUGACGGUAAAGGGCAUUGCCGGACCUUCUAUCGACAUGUCUCAAGAUCUCAUAGACCUCGCGGAUCUGCCAUCAGAUGCCUUUUCUUCUUCAUCUCCGGAGAAGUCGCCAGMGAAAGGUGUAAUUGAGAUAUCUUCCCAGCCGACAAGUGGCAUUGCACGAGGUGCACCGGGUCCAAGAAUGAGAGCACCGCAGACUGGAUUGAAGCAGCUUGAUCUUUACGGUCGACCUGCUACGCAAGACAUGUCCUCGUCGCAAGCUGCGAAGAAGAAGCAUGCAUGGCCCUUGGCGAACAAGGAAGAGCCUCCUACUCACCACAAGCUGGACGCCAAGGAGAUGGAAUCCUGGGUGUAUCCUACAAAUUUGGGCACUGUCCGUGACUACCAGUACAACAUCGUAUCCCGUAGUCUAUUCCACAAUACACUGGUUGCCCUUCCCACAGGUCUGGGAAAKACGUUCAUCGCAGCAACAGUCAUGCUAAACUAUUAUCGAUGGACUACCGACGCGCAGAUAGUGUUCAUGGCUCCAACGAAACCACUUAUUGCCCAGCAGCUCGAUGCUUGCUACGGCAUUGUCGGUAUCCCAAGACGUGAUACGAUAUUGAUGACUGGUGAGACAGCCCCCGGACUGCGUGCUGAUGAAUGGAUGGAGAAGCGAGUGUUCUUCAUGACUCCACAAACCGUCAUCAAUGAUUUAAAGACGGGCAUUUGCGAUCCGAAGAGGAUUGUCCUUUUGGUGGUGGACGAGGCUCACAAAGCUACUGGAGGCUACGCAUAUACCGAAGUCAUCGCCUUCAUGCGAAGAUUCAACCCAAGUUUCCGAGUCUUGGCCCUCACGGCUACUCCUGGAUCUACGGUCGAGGCCGUCCAAGCAGUCAUUGAUAAUCUCGGCAUUGCCAGAGUGGAGCUGCGCACGGAGCAAUCUAUCGACAUUAGACAGUAUACCCACGAAAAGAACACCGAGAUGGAAGUGUUUGACUACAGCGAGGAGCAAUUACUCAUCAUGGGAAUGUUCUCCAAAGCACUUGCUCCUUCAGUGGAGAAGCUCAAUAGCCAGAAUGCUUACUGGUCGAAAGACCCAAUGGCUCUGACCGCGUAUGGCUUGACACAGUCGCGAUCAAAGUGGAUGCAAUCAGAGGCUGGCCGCAAAGCUCCUCAACCUAUCAAAGGGAUGAUUAACGCCAUCUUCACUGUGUUGUCCAGUCUUGCUCACAACAUUGGCCUGCUCAAAUUUCACGGCAUCGGUCCGUUCUACUCUGGUGUGCUGAACUUUGAAAAGGACGUCAAAAGUGGUCAAAACAAAGGCAAGACGGCUGCCGGGAUCGCCAACUCUGAGCACUUUACGAAGAUGAUGUCGACGAUACGAACAUGGACCAACAAUCCAGAAUUCAUUGGCCAUCCGAAGAUGGAGUACCUGCGAGAGGUUGUGUUGAAUCACUUCCUAGACGCCGGUGAGGGAGCGCAGGGAAGUGAUGUCCCUCCGAGCGCGACAAGAGUGAUGGUGUUUGCAAGCUAUCGAGAUAGUACAGAAGAGAUCUGCAGAGUGCUAAAGCGGAAUGAACCCAUGAUUCGACCACACGUUUUUGUUGGGCAGGCAGCUUCGAAAGGGUCCGAAGGCAUGGAUCAAAAACGGCAGAACGCUGUGAUUCAAGACUUCAAGAGUGGCAAAUACAACUGCCUGGUCGCCACAUCCAUCGGAGAAGAGGGUCUCGACAUCGGAACCGUGGAUCUAAUCGUGUGCUACGACGCUUCAUCGUCGCCCAUUCGGAUGCUGCAGCGUAUUGGUCGAACAGGCCGAAAGCGUAUUGGCCAAGUUCGCCUCCUGCUUAUGAGAGAUAAAGAGGAGAAGGACUACGCCAAAGCACAAGACAACUACGCGUACAUACAAAAGACGAUUGCCGAUGAAGACAAGUAUGCUUAUAGAGACGACCAGAGUCCACGAAUACUUCCCAGGGAGGUCAGACCAAUCCCCGACAAGCGGCCUGUGGAGAUUCCUGUUGAGAACAGCCAGCCUGUCGACCUGAACGAGCGAGCGCGGAAAGGCAGAGGCAAAGCCAAGACAAAGCGCCCCCCUAAGAAGUUUCACAUGCCGGAUAGCGUUCGGACUGGCUUCGUGAAGGCGUCGAAGCUUGGGUCGGAUGAUGACGGCGAGGAGCAAGAAGUUGUGCCGAAGAAGGCCGCCCUGAAGAAGAAGCAGGCCCCCCUGAAAAGUUUCGUGAAAGCUCGUGUCUCUGUGCCGACUCCAGAGCCGGAGGCUGCUCCACUGCCAUACAUCACGGACGUCCUCCUGAAUGAUGUUCAGCAACAGGAAUUGGAACAGACCUACGCUCGUGCCACAGAUGGCGGACAGCUACAGGCCAUCGAUGCGUCAAUGAUGCCUGCCUCCAAGUUCGUGAACUUGGGUCCUACUAGAUACGUCGGCCAUGGUCGUAAUGCGAAGCUCGUUCAAAAGACAAUGCAAGCAAUUCACGGUAUUGACAGAGAGACGUUGAAGAGGCUCGAAGACGGUCUGAAUCAUGAUUAUCUGCGCGCAGCCGGUUCGGCACGUCUGCGUCUGGUCAGCCCGGAGGUCGAAGCUACAGUUUUGAUGGCAGAAUCUGCUCGCAAACCAAACGCCGCUCCGGCUGCGUUCGUCAAGCCAGCAGUAGAGUUUCACAACGCCAUCCCAGUCUCCGACCCUGAAAGUUCAGAUGCAGAGCCUGCACCUCCACGACGAGUCGCAUCGCCUCCUCCAGCGGCAAAGAAAGCUCGAGCACCUGCAAAGAAGAAAGCACCUGCACCGCGGAAGACGCCCGCAGUAAAGAAAGCACCUGCCGCGAAGAAGACCCCAGCCACGAGGAAGACUUCAUACGGCAGCGAUGCCGAAGAAGGCGCUUCCUCAAGCCCUGAACCUACUCCUGCCGAAUAUGCCGUGGCGACGCAAGGUAUUGAUAUCGGAUCAAGAGAUACAAGCGGCGAGGAGGAGGAAGAAGAGGAGAUGGACAGUGAGCUGGAGGCUUUCGUUGUGAGGAGCAGUGAUCCAAUUGAGGCUGAUGGUUCGAGCUCUUUGCCUGGUACGCCUGCGAGGAGUGGCGGGAGAGUCAAAGGGAGGAGAAGAUUAGUGAGGAGAGCCAGGGUUGAUUUGUCAGACGUCGAGGAAAUUGCUGAGAGUGGAGAGGAGUCUGGUAUCGAUUUUGAUGACAUCGAAGAAGACGGAGAUGGAGAGGAUAAUGACGAACCUGUCGUUGUGGCUGCUGGGAGGAAAAGGCGGAUAGUGGAGGAUAGUGAUAGUGAUGAGUGA